AUGGACGCCACCGGCGUUAAGUCACGUGUUGCGAAGGUGAACACUAACCAACUGGAAUAUAUCAAAAGGAAUGUGAUAGCGGUGAUUGCGAAAGACAAACUAGCGUGGCCCUUCCUAAAACCGGUCGACCACCAUAAACUGAAUCUACCGGACUAUCCGAAGAUAAUCAAGCACCCGAUGGAUCUUGGCACUAUCAAACAACGGUUAAAUUUGAAAUUUUAUCGGCAUGGGGCAGAGUGCUUGCGUGAUCUUUUCACUAUGUUUCGUAAUUGCUAUAUAUUUAACAAGCCCGGCGACGACGUUGUCGCCAUGGCUAUGAAACUGGAGCGUGUUGCUCGUGAAAAGCUUCAGAACUUGCCCUAUCCGGAAGUGGAGUUAACUUCGCAGAAGUUGAGUGCCGGUCAUGCUCCUCCGACGUCAAAUCUCUCUACGGAUUCCAAUUUUUCCAUGUCAGUUUUGAAUAACACAGAGGAGCUGAACGGGUCGUCUCUAGUUCCGCCGACAACUCCGUCGGGUGCUUCAAUGCACCAGCAUCAAGGUCCCCUUUCUUCCACUGUAAAUAAAAAAGCCCCUAAGCGGAAACCUGACUCCCUUGAUGAUAUUCCCUCUACCCCCCAAUCCAUUGAUGAAUCUCGAGAGCGGAGGGUUUCUAAAAAGCCUAAGAUGGAGGAACGUGUUAUCGGGAAAAGAGUGAGGUUAAGUGAAUCAUUGAAACAAUGCAGUAGUCUUUUGAAGGAUCUUUGCUCUGCGAGGUACAGGCAAUAUAACCAGCUGUUUUUGAAGCCCGUUGAUGUGGAGAGGUUAGGCCUUCAUGACUAUCACGACAUUAUAACCCAUCCCAUGGAUCUUAGUACUAUUCGUACGAAGCUGGAUAGCGGCGCCUACCAAAACAAAAACGAGUUCGCAGCUGAUAUGAGGUUGAUGUUUGAUAACUGCUACAAGUACAACGGAGAAAAAAGCGACGUUUCUGAUCUGGGUAGAGCGCUGCAAGGAAUUUUUGAGGAGAAUUUUGUAAAGAUUGUGGAUGACGAUGCGGACGGUGUUCACACUUCAGAUUCGCGGUCCUGCGAUGCUAUGAUUCAAGCCGUUAUAAAGGAUCAUCAACGCAUUGUUGCUCAGUAUAAUAAAUUUGGUGAAGACCUUCAAAAGUUAAGCUCGAACAUUGCCACAAUUUUGACAGUAUUAGACUUUCCAGCUGAACAGGCAGGUGUAAAGAUGCCCAAGAAAGGUAAGUUCUCGCGUGAUGCCUUUAGGAAAACCAAAAAUGCACAGAAGACCAAAAAAAAGUCUCAAAAUGCAUCAACUUACCAGAACGCGGUACCGGCACAGACUACCGCUGCUGUUCCUGGGGUGCCAAACGCCUUGGCGGUUGUACCCUAUGGGGUUGACGAGGACUUUGUUUCCGAUGCUAAUGCUCGUCCUAUGACAUAUGAUGAAAAACGUCAAUUAAGUCUUGACAUCAACAAGCUGCCAGGUGAAAAGUUGGGUCGCGUUGUGCAGAUCAUUCAGCAGCGCGAACCGUCUCAUCGUGAUUGCAAUCCGGACGAAAUUGAGAUCGACUUUGAGACACUGCAGAGUUCAACACUCCGGGAACUAGAGCGUUACGUCAAGUCUGUUUUACAGAAAGCAAAGUCUACUCGAAAGUAUGCCAAGAAGGCCACUUCUGGAGCACAGUCGGCAAAAUCCCGGGAGGAAUCGAUGAAGAAGAAGGAGGAGGAGUUGGAAGGUCGUCUCCGAGAGAUGGGUGGUAUGGACAUGAAUCCUGGCGAGUCAUCAAACCGCUUGAGUGCAUCGUCGAGUUCAAGUGAAUCUGAGACAUCUUCUGAGUCAAGUGGCAGUGAGUCAUCCGACUCCAAGGCGGACAGUGAGUCCACAGCACUCUUAUUCACUGACUCGACAUUUCAGCUGAUUUCUACGAUUUGUGAAUGGGUUUAUGUCGGUGCAGGACAAUCCGUGUCGACUGUCAAUGUAUUAUGUCUUGUCAUUUUCCUGGCCAUGGCCCCAUGCGAUGGUGGUCAGGCUUCCUGCCAGCGUCAUAAUGUGGGUGGCGGUGGCCACUCAAACACUGUCAAACUGCUAGUCCAUGAAUCAGCAGCGUCCAUGAGGUAUUCGAAUGUUGGCGGGUCACAUUUCAGCUCUCAUCAAGAGAUGCUGACGACCCGGCCCUCUCCCGCGGCGCCAUCAGGCGUCGUCGGCCUUGCCCCCUGUGCUCUUCCUCCUCACGCUCCCUCUAAACAUGUUACUCCCGACUCUGCCUCUUCUGGUUCUGGACCACCGUCCACCCAUCAUCAGCAGCGGGCAUCCCAGCAGCUACAAAAUGAGGAUUCUUCUGAUUCGGACUACGAAGGGAUCGACCAAUUGCCACAUCCUGCUUGGGCCUGCGAUAGGAAACAGUCGAGACAGGAGCACGGACAAAAAACUGGUCACCCAAUUGCUGAUACUGCUGUACCGGCUUCUUCCAUCUCCAAGGCUGCCGUCUUACCUUCAUCCACCUCACAGUUGGGCUUGCCAGCUGUAUCAAGCUCCAUUUCGCUGGUAGACUCUACAGACAACAAGGGUGGUGGAAUCCAACGUAAGUUUCUCGACGAAAACACUGCGGCUCUACAAAUUGUUCGUGAAGCGAAACGCCAGUCACAGUGGACCUCAAAAAUGGCAGAGGAACGGGCUGCGAGGGAGCGUGAGGAGGCGCUGCAACGGCAGCGAGAGCAGAAUCAGGCAAAGGAAAAUGAACGUCGUAAAGAGUCAGAGGCUAGGCGGGUUGAGGAUGAAAAGCGGCGCAAUCUUGAACUUCGAAAGCGGGCUGAUAAGCUCAAGCGAGCGGAGAUGCCUUCGAUGGCUGAGCCCAUUAAUCCUCACGAACUGUUGACCGAAUUCGAGUCCACCAUUGACCCCAUCGCAAUCGAUACAAGCUUUGGGCUGCGUCAAUAUUGA